UUUACCAAAAAACAACUAAAGAAAAAUAAAAAAAUAAAAAAAAAUAUUUUUAAGAAAAUAAAUUUAAAAACCGUACCUUUUAUAUUUUAACAUAUUAAAAAUAAAAAAAUAACACCAUGAUAUAAUUUAUCUACUUUGUAUUGUUAUCUUACAAGAUCUAUCUGAAAAUUAAUGCAAUUUGGGGACUACACGUAAUUGCGACAGUGAGUACAAAUAAAUAAGUACCAAAAACUUUUAGCAAUUUAAUUGUAGCCCUAUGAAUGUCUCAAAGUCACCCGACUAAAGCCAGUAAUAGAAGUAGAAUUUUCUAGGUUACUAUCCCACCACUCUUGCUAUCAAUAGUCGACAUUGAGCUAGUGCUAACACUGUCUCCCCAGCUAUAAAUAGAUGCUAUUGUCAUGUAUCAGGGAAAGCAGCAAAAUAUCUAACACCGCCAUCCACUCAGUUUACUUCAGCAAACACUCAUUCUUCUCCCAUGAAUUCACCAACAAGCUCCAUCAGGUUCCAGGUCCACAGGCGUGAACCUGAACUAAUCGUCCCGGCCAAGCCCACCCCUUACGACUUCAAGCCAUUAUCGGACAUAGAUGACCAAGAAGGUCUUCGAUUCCAUAUUCCUGUCGUACAAAUUUAUAAACAUGACCCUUCAAUGCAAGGAAAAGACCCUGUUAAGGUGAUAAGCGAGGCGCUUGCUAAAGCGCUAGUGUUUUACUAUCCAUUUGCUGGUAGGCUCAGAGAAUGGCCUAACCGCAAGCUUGUAGUGGAAUGCACCAGCGAAGGGGUCUUGUUUAUUGAGGCUGAUGCUAAUGUUACUCUUGAACAAUGCGGAGAUGCACUUCAACCUCCUUUUCCCUUAUUGGAUGAGCUGCUCUUUGAUGUCCCUGGCUCUAGUGGUGUGAUUAAUUGUCCUUUGUUGCUUAUUCAGGUAACACGCUUCAAGUGCGGCGGUUUUAUUUAUGCACUUCGACUCAAUCACACUAUGAGUGAUGGCCCUGGUCUAGUCCAAUUCCUGACGACAGUUGGAGAAAUGGCCCGUGGAGAACAAAACCCUUCAGUUCUUCCAGUAUGGGAAAGACAUGUCCUAAAUGCAAGAAACCCACCAAUUACAACAUGCACACAUCGCGAAUACGAUGAAAUUCCUGACAAUCAUAUAAUGAAUCCAUUUCCACUUGAUGAUUUGGAUGAACAAGCAUUUUUUUUUGGACCUACUGAAAUAUCAUCUUUUCGAAGAUAUGCCCCUUCUCAUCUCGGUGGCUGCUCCACUUUUGAAAUUCUAACCGCGUGUUUUUGGAAAUGUCGUACUAUUGCUCUUCAGCCAAACCCUACAACAGAAAUGAAAAUGAUUUUUGCUAACAAUGUACGCAACAAAUUUGAUCCUCCACUAGUACCAAAGGGGUAUUAUGGCAAUGGAUUUGUGCUUUCGACUGCGGUGACAACGGCUGAAAAACUCUUGAAAGAACCGGUAAGUUAUGCAAUAGAAUUAAUAAAAAAGGCUAAAGCAGACACGACUAGAGAGUAUGUUCAGUCAGUGGCAGAUACACUACUGAUCAAAGGUAGACCUCAUUUUACCACAGAAGAAGCAUACUUUAUGUCAGAUGUGAGACAUAUGGGAUUUAGAGAGGUGGAUUUCGGAUGGGGAAGAGCUACAUAUGCUGGUCCUAUCAAUUCUACUCCAAUGCAAUGUAGCUAUUAUUUACCAUUCGAAAAUGAGAAAAGAGAAAUUGGAUUCAUGUUGCCAAUUUGCUUGCCAGCACAAGCGAUGGAAAGAUUUGCAAAGGAGUUGAAAAUUCUAUUGCAAGACAAGCCAGUCAAUGGUGUGGUUAGUUCGUCGUUUAUACAAUCACCUUUGUAGUUAAAGUGCAAUGAAAUUAUAUGGAUGUUUAGGUAUCAAACUAGAUAUUUCAAAAAAUUAAUGUGCCUUAAAUCAUAAUUAAGAAGUAGUAUGAAUAUUUUGUUCCUGGAAGAGAUAUAUUGAGUUUAAAUUCUCAUUU